CAUGUGAGCACCAGUUACCAGCCUCUCAUCGUCUAGACGAGAAGUACCUCCUCCUCCUCAUCACCCGCAGCCAUGGCUUUCAUCAAGUUGGCUCUUGCCCUGACCCUCCUGGUGGCGGUGGCUCUGGCCAUGCCCGGCGGUCACCACGCCGAGUCGUACGCCAGCUUCAACCUGUUGGAUACCGGCUAUCACCAUGGAGGCCACGAGUCGCAUCAUGAAGAGCACCACUACUCGCACCCCAAGUACGAGUUCAAGUACGGCGUGGAGGACCACCACACCGGCGACCACAAGGACCAGAAGGAGGAGCGCGACGGCGACGUGGUGAAGGGCGAGUACUCGCUGCUGCAGCCCGACGGCAGGAAGCGCAUCGUGCACUACACGGCCAGCAAGCACGGCGGCUUCAACGCCAUCGUCUCCUACAGCGGCCACGCCAUCCACCCCGAGGUCAAGCACGGCCACUACUAGACGACGCGACACUCUGGCCGCCGCCGACCCAGGUCGUCAGCGGCUCCCCCCGGCCCUCGUCGAUGACCGACCUGCGGGCCAUGGGACCUUCCGGAGAACUCUUUGGAACCUCGCAAAGACUGCAACACACUCUUGCUCAUCUUGUAAAUAACUCACAUACCAUCUACCUCAUUCUGUAGUUGUACUACCAAUUAGGCGCCAAUAAAAGAAAAAAGUAAGACUA